GGGACCCAUCCAGGUACCAGACUCAGCGUUGGGCUUUAAAAACAAUAUAAAAUGAGGGUUGUCGGUGGAUUCAUUGAUUUUUGAUAGUCUGCUAAGCCAAGCUAAAGCCAAACCCGUAUUGCAAUUUUCACCGAAUCCCUCUUCUGUUGGACUGUGACCCUGGCCAAAAGCUUAUCCCCAUUCCUUAGCAACAAGUAAUCUGUUUUCUCAUUCACACACUCGCAAACCGCCACUUCUAUCCAGAAAUUUAUAUCAUUAAACAUGAACGGCGAUGAUGCUUACGGUGUAUUUGAGGCACAGUACAUAUGGAGACACCACAGACACCAGCCUGGAGAAAACCAGUGCACUUCUGUUCUCGUCAAGCACAUCAAAGCUCCUGUUCAUCUCGUUUGGUCGCUGGUGAGGCGAUUCGAUCAGCCACAGAAGUACAAGCCAUUUGUGAGUAGGUGCGUUGUGAAUGGGGAGAGUGGAGAGCCUGGGAUAGGAAGUGUUAGGGAAGUGAAUGUUAAAUCUGGACUCCCCGCAACCACUAGCACCGAGAUGCUGGAACUCCUUGACGAUGAGGAGCACAUUCUCGGAAUCAAGAUUGUUGGUGGUGAUCAUAGGCUAAAGAACUAUUCGUCAAUUAUGACUGUCCAUCCAGAGGUUAUUGAUGGAAGACAUGGGACGUUAGUUAUAGAAUCAUUUGUGGUGGAUGUGCCUGAUGGGAACACCAAGGAUGAGACAUGUUACUUUGUGAAGGCUCUCAUCCAGUGCAAUCUCAAAUCUUUGGCUGAUGUCUCAGAGAGGAUGGCGUUGCAGGGCUGGGUUGAACCCAUCAAUCGAUUCUGAAUAGGUGGUUUCUGAAUAUGUAAAGUCAUUAGGAUGGCUGUGCCAUUUGAGGGUUCUGAUUCCAGAGGCUUUCUAGAGAUUGGUGGGAGUACUCCUUCCAUAUUUCCAGAAGUUUUGCAUGCAAUUCAUCUCAUGGAGACCCUUUCUGCCUGUUUUUGCUUUUCCCUGCAUUAGUAAUUAGGUCUUUUAGACAAGUUUCCUGAGAACUUCCUAUGAAUGGAAAAGGAUCGGCUUUUUUCCACUGUUGCUUUUACUAGUUUUUGCAUGAUGCUAUGUAAAUUACCAUGGCCGUUUCUGUAAAUAUCCGUGUAACGCAGAUGGUGCCUUUUGGACUGUAGGUUUUUAUCUCUUUGCAGCUUCCGGGUGCAGGGAUUACUAGUGACGGACAUGAAGUAGCAGUGCUUUGUUGAUUUUGAUUUUGUAAUGUCCUUUUUAGCGCACUAUUGCAAAAAAAUUAUUAGCCUUUCUGAGUCGGGUUAUGUGUA